AUGAACAUUCUAUUGUACUUGAUACUUCUCGGCACGUUUGUCCAUCUCAACUUAGCCACCCCAUUGUUCUGGGAACCGUUGGACUUCAACUUCAGCUCGUUUGGACGGUUGGGUGCCUUGAUCAAGGCGGUCAGCCAGACCAACGAGUGCUUCGAACAUGUCCCCAAAUCGAACCCUGCUAUUCCUAUCCUUCGUUCGAAGUCUCCAGGCGGAAUUCCACACGUCAGCACCGUUACCGCCUUCAGAGAUGACGCCGGCGCCCCGAUUCGCAAAUCACAGCUCCCCAUGCACAACACUUGA